GAAUUGAGAGUAGUAAAUAUUCUUUUUUUACAGUUCCAAUAAGUUGAACACUGCAGUUUACACUCUCAAACAAAGGACUGAAGGAGGAGAGAGAAACACAGAGAAAGAAAAAUGGAAAGUGACGGAUCUCACAAGCAGCUCAACAAACCAAGCUCAGUAACCAGGAGUGAAAUGGGCAAUAAGCCGAAGCAUUCAAGCAAUAAAGCUUCGUUCAUUAAGGUUCUUGGUCGUGACUUCGCCAAACAAUUGCAACUACCCGAAGAAUUUACUGCAAACAUGAACGGCUAUGUUCCUCAUCGAUUCAUCAUCGAAAGUGGUAUGACAAGGAAAUGCUGGAGGGUGGAAGUGGAAAAGGACGAAGAUGGGAGGAUGUAUUUCCGAGAUGGUUGGGCUGAUUUCGUGGAAGCACAUUCUUUAGGAGUUGGCAACUUCUUGCUCUUUGAGUACGAAGAACAAUCAAUUUUCCAGGCGAGAAUAUAUGGGCGUAACGGGUGUGAAAGGACUAUAACGGCGGAUAAUAAUAAAGGAGGUCAGAGUCAGCCCCCAAAACCUAUCGAUGUCGAUGAUGGAGAGGAAAGUGAAGCCUUGGAAUAUGAACCGGUACUAGAGAAAUGUCAUCGUAAAAAACCAUCAAGAUUGGCGCCAAGGAAAUAUGGAAGGGGCAUAUAUAAGAAGAAGCUCGGAGUUCCUAGGCCGUAUAGGAGGACAGCCCAAGUGUCGCUUAGUGAAAAGAAUUUGUCUUUCUCAAUUAUAAUUCACUACUCGAAGAACCACCAAUUUUACCAGCUGACUAUUCCAAAGAUAGUUUCACUAAAGAUGAAGUUACCGAGCAGAGAUGAUCUGAAAUUCCAGGAUGCCGAAGGGAAAUGCUGGACCGUGACCCUUGGACAUAGAAGGGAUGGUCGUGCAAUUCUUUGUCACGGGUGGAAGGAAUUCAUGAAAGAAAACAAGAUCUCACACGGGGAUAAGGUACAAUUUGAGUUCGUGUCAGAUGAGCUAGUUCGCUUUCAUGUGACAAAGGCCUCGGAGGCUGAUAAACACCAGUCCGAUGAAGAAACCGGAUCCUUGAAUAUGGAUAGUAAACAUAAUGAUAAGCCAAUUGAAGCUAGAAUGAGUGCUAAGAAAAAUUCCAGCGAGUCUGGAACUUCGUUUUCUUUGAUAUGGAAGGAGGCCUGUAAUAGAUCGUAUCUGUACAUGCCGAAGUCGGUUGUUCGAGCCCAGAACAUGAAGAACAAAGAGAGCGUGGUGCUCCGCGAUCCGGAAGGGAAGUGCUGGCCUCUCGAAGUUAAAAAAAUAACAGGUGACCGUAUCGUUGUAGCGAGAGGCUGGGCUGAAUUCUGGAAAGGAUAUGGAAUAUCAAAUGGUGACUUGUUAGAAUUCAAGUUUGCUUCAGAGUACCUAAUUCAUCUGAAUAUAAAACCAAGUACAAUGACACCAUUAGAACCCGAUGUUGAAGACGCUGUCGUCUGCUAUAACGAGGAAGCUCUUGCUAUCGAGCCAGGCGCAGUCAUCACACGGGAAGAAUUCGAUGCUGCGAUUCAGCCAACAGAAGAAGCAGUUGUUAUGCAGGAAGAAUUUGCUGCAGCAACCACCACUAAUCAACCUGAAGUAAACGACAUUAUCUACUAAUUAAGUCUCUUCUUUGGUUUUGGUUUCGGUUUCAUGCCUAUAUUGUUUUGGUUUCAUGUCUCUUCUUGUGAAAAAGCUUGAUAAAUGGGCAUUGGCAGAUGAACUUUUCAGUGAGGAUCUGAACUUUUUAGUUAGAACUUGUGUAUAUAUAUAAAUGUAAUACUAUAAUUCUCUAAGUUUUAGCUUAUGAAGAGGUCAGGUUUUCUUCA